GGCUAGUGUCCGUCACAGUCCUGGGCGCUGUUCUGCUCUGGAACAGCUUUAGAGACAGGAGCCAGGAUGUUGAGAAUUAUGAGGAAAUCUUCAGUGAACGCAUUGAAGUUAUCAAGUUGUGCAACGAGCAUGUGUAUUUCAGGAAGACAAAAAUGAGAGUCAUAAGUGUGACACAGCAAAACUGCAGUCUAAGAAACUACAAUUCUCCACCAGGACAUGUUAAGUCUCUGUGUUCUGUCAUUAAUCCUCGUAUAUCCAGGCCGAUCUUCAGUCACAGACUGCUCCAGCACAGGCUUUCCCAUGGAGUCACGGCCAUCUUCAGGGGGCAUCCAACUGCUCUGGCGUGGGGUCCUCCACAGGCUGCAGAUGUUGAUGAUGGGGACACAGUGACAGAUUUUAUGGUACAAGAGCGAGAACAUGGUAUUACCAUUCAGUCUGCUGCUGUUAUGUUUGACUGGAAAGACUACAGAAUCAGUCUGAUUGACACCCCAGAUUAUAUGGACUUUACAGUGGAAGUUGAGUAUUACUUGAGAGUCCUGGAUGAAGCAGUAGCAGUGUUUGAUGCUUCAGCUGGUGUUGAGGCCCAAACUCUGACAGUGUGGAGACAAAUGGACAAACAUAAGGUACCACAAAUUGGCUUUUUGAACAAGAUGGACAAAAACAGGGCAAGUUGCCCAUUGGGGAAGCUAAGACCUUCAGAGGUCUGGCUGAUGUUGUGACUAAGGAACAAACAAUUUGGAAACCUACUUCUGAUUUGG